AUGCUGCAAAAACUAUGGAACAGCGAUGGACCUCACCAUCAUGAUGCUUCUUCAUCUCCGCCUCGCACAUCAUCUCCCUCUUUUCAUCUUCCCCAUAUUCAAGUUCUCAGCCUUCCCGAAGAGCUUCAAAUUUACAUUAUUCAAUUUUGUACUCCUUUGGAACGUUUCAAAGUAAUUUGCAGAAUAUCUAGACACUUUUACCAUUUGAUUUUCUCCCACAGAGGAUGGAGCUGCAUUGUAAAUACGUCCCCACAACAACAUUCAUCUAUUGGUUUUGCACCUCACAUCAAGCAUGUUUCCAGUUGCAUCUUUGAUUGUGCCUGGUUUUUAAAGAAGAAAAAACUUCGGACACUUGCUGUUGGAGGGAUUGAUAUUUCCAACAAUACCAGUGGAGUAACAGCCUCUACUUCAUUAGGAAGAAAGAGGAAGGCCAUUCUACAGGCUCGUCUUCCAUCGAAUCACAUACCCUCUGUGGAUUCAACAACGACAUCAGCAGCUCAUGAAGAUGUAACGAUUGAAAAUUUAUUUAGCAAAUGUAAUUUUGAGCAUAUUGAAGUGAAUUGUUCGACCAUGUCCAGUACACGUCUCCUAUUAAGAUAUGCAAGAACAUAUUGUAACUUUUUAAAAACAUUGAUAUUUGGCUACAGCUAUCAAUUAGACAUUCGUGACCUUAUUGAGCAGAUUCUAAUACCCUUCUCCUUUCAACUGGAAACUCUCAAAUUUAAUUUUCAGUAUGACUCUACCAUUGUGUAUGAUUGUGCCAAUCUCGGUCCAACAUCUAUUAGCCCGGAAUCUACACAUACUCAACCUCCUCAAUUACUCUUUUCACCUAAGGGUAUUCCUUUCUUUGCUCCUGUGGCCACCAGUGGCACUGCCAACCUUAGUAUUACUAGAGAUAGUAACAGUGUUGGUAGCUCAUCAUCUACAACUGUUUUCAACCCUUCAUUAAUGUCGAUCACUGGAGUACAUAUUUUCAAGCCUGAUUUUGAAUUAGUUAAACUCAAAAUCUUUGAUCUCUACAUUGGCAAUACAGCCCCAAUUGCCAAACAGUUUUUCCUUAAAAUAUGUCAAUCAGCACCAAAUCUCAGAGUUUGCAAACUAAGAGGUGAUAUACAGAAAGAAAUGCUUCUUUCUCUUUCCAAGUAUUGUAAAUAUUUGGAAGUUUUGAUACUCUAUGACACUGGAAAACAACGACUUACAGACGACUCGAUCAGCGAAAUGCUAAAAAUUGGUGGAGCCUUUAACAGCAGUUUGAGAGUAUUGUCAAUGCUUUGUCCUUCUCUCACACUUCGCUCCGUGGCGUUAAUUACCAAAUUCUGCAAAAACCUACAGUAUUUUGCUAUUAGAAGUGUCACUAUUAGCAACAGCGCUCAUUCGGAUUUUAUCACUUUUCAUAACUUGGAUCAACUUAAAGUAUUGAAAAUUAAGGAUGAAAUUACAAUACCUGGGCUAGUCAUUGAACGACUUGUGAGAUGCUUACCACCAGAUAUUGAACAUGUAAAAUUGCCAUCUCCCAAAGAAGAAGAGCAUUCUCCAUUCUCAUUAUCAAGUAGCGAUAUUUCAUUCAAAAAACUGAAAGCGCUUCAUUUAGCCAGAAUUUCUUCAGAAACCGUGCCUCGAUUCUUCCUUGAGGGAUGUGCAGAAAAUUUACGGGAAUUGAAGUUGUCUGUGGUGGAUGACAUCCAUUGCAACAUUAUUGAAUUGAUGAAACAAUUUGUACCACAACUUUCCAAGCUGUCCUCUCUCACUCUCGACCUUGGAGAAUUUGAUGCAACUCUCUUUACAGUUCUGUCUCAUCUUUCCAAUCUAAAGAGACUUACCAUCAAGACCAGAGGGAAUAUUGACAAGUAUGAUGCUGAGCUAGGAUGGAAGUUGAAAAGAUUUCCUCAUCUCACUGACAUGAUUGUGCACAGCAGCGUUGUUUCACAAUUCUUUACUGAUAAUUAUAUAAUAAGUCUUAAUAACCUCAUAAUGAUGUGGUUAGCAUGUCCUGUGCAAUGUAAAAUGCACAUUGAUCAUGAAGAAUUGUCUGAAGAAGAUCUACUUAAUAUUUCGGCAGAGAACGUGACUUAUUGUUGUGAUCAAUACAUUAAUGACCAUUUGGAAAACUUGAGCGUAGAUGAAAAGAAUGCAAUGAAAAAGGAAAUUAUGCUUCGACUUGUGAAUGAUGUCCACCAUGAUUACAAGCUUGUGGGUCCAAAACCGAGUAUUCUUUUGCAAAAGCAUUUUAUGGGAGCGUGUAGUAGCGUGAUUUAUUGA